GCAGGUGACCUCCGAGGGCCCCGCAGGCCUGAGAUGCUGUUGCCCUCGGGUGGAGAAGGAGCGCCCUGGCGGGUGAGAUGUGUGGGCAGCAAAGAGUGCGCUGUGUCCAGCAGAGGGCCCUGCCCAGCCCAGGCCUGCAGGGUGGGAGGGAACAGCCCAGGGCCACUGGAGCAGGCUGGCGACGCCAGACGCCUGACUGGAGGGGGACCAACCGGCCAGCUGCCUCUCCCGAGUCAACCCAGCGCCCGGGUCCCCUGCCCUCACCUGCUCUCCGCGGGGCGGCUGCCUCCUGCGUGUCCUGCCAUGCGGUGGCUGUGGCCGCUGGCCGUCUCCCUCGCUCUGGGGUCGGCUGUGGGGCUGAGCAGAGUCUCCGGGGGUCCACCCCUGCCCUUGGGCAACCAUGGAGCCGGGGCCCAGGAGCAGCAGAGCCGGUCCAAGAGGGGCAGCGAGGAUGAGGCGGCCAAAGGGGUGCAGCAGUACGUGCCCCAGGAGUGGGCUGAGUACCCGCGGCCCAUCCACCCCGCCGGCCUGCAGCCCACCGAGCCCUGGGUGGCCACCAGCCCCAGCCCAGACAAGGACGGGCGGCCCCCGGGCAGCGGGCAGGAGCCGCGGGGCAAUCUGACGGGGCCGCCAGGCCGGAGGCUGCAGAUUCAGAACCCCUUGUACCCGGUGACCGAGGCCUCCUAUAGUGCCUACUCCAUCAUGCUCCUGGCCCUGGUGGUGUUUGCCGUGGGCAUCGUGGGCAACCUGUCGGUCAUGUGCAUCGUGUGGCACAGCUACUACCUGAAGAGCGCCUGGAACUCCAUCCUCGCGAGCCUGGCCCUCUGGGACUUCCUGGUCCUCUUCUUCUGCCUCCCCAUCGUCAUCUUCAACGAGAUCACCAAGCAGAGGCUGUUGGGCGAGGUUUCCUGCCGGGCCGUGCCCUUCAUGGAGGUGUCCUCUCUGGGAGUCACGACCUUCAGCCUCUGUGCCCUAGGCAUCGACCGCUUCCACGUGGCCACCAGCACCCUGCCCAAGGUUCGGCCCAUCGAGCGGUGCCAGUCCAUCCUGGCCAAGCUGGCUGUCAUCUGGGUGGGUUCCAUGACUCUGGCCAUGCCCGAGCUCCUGCUGUGGCAGCUGGCACAGGAGCCUGCCCCCACGGCGGGCACUGUGGACUCCUGCGUCAUGAAGCCCUCGGCCAGCCUGCCUGAGUCUCUCUACUCGCUGGUGAUGACCUACCAGAACGCCCGCAUGUGGUGGUACUUCGGCUGCUAUUUCUGCCUGCCCAUCCUCUUUACGGUCACCUGCCAGCUGGUGACGUGGCGGGUGCGGGGCCCCCCGGGGAGGAAGCCGGAGUGCCGGGCAGGCAAGCACGAGCAGUGCGAGAGCCAGCUCAACAGCACCGUGGUAGGCCUGACCGUGGUGUAUGCCCUGUGCACCCUCCCCGAGAACAUCUGCAACAUCGUGGUGGCCUACCUCUCCACAGAGCUCGCCCGCCAGACCCUGGACCUCCUGGGCCUCAUCAACCAGUUCUCCAUCUUCUUGAAGGGGGCCAUCACCCCCGUGCUCCUCCUGUGCAUCUGCCGGCCACUGGGCCGGGCCUUCCUGGACUGCUGUUGCUGCUGCUGCUGCGAGGAGUGUGGCGGCGGGGCCUCCGAGGCCUCGGCCGCCGAUGGCUCGGACAACAAGCUCAAGACCGAGAUGUCGUCCUCCAUCUAUUUCCACAAGCCUAGGGAGUCGCCCCCGCUCCUGCCCCUGGGCACGCCUUGCUGAGGCCAGGCCCCAGCGGGGAGGCCCAGGAGUGGGGUGAGGGGGGCAGAGAGGGGCACCCCAGCCUGUGUCUGGCGUUUCUGUCCUCGUGGUCUUGCGGUCUAGCUGUGGACUUGGCCCCUUUUGUUGAGGUUCGGGCCUAGGAAAGCCCCUUCCCCAAGGAGGGCCUUCCUUGCCACUCAGUGGGGCCUCCCAGCUCUGUCCUCUCAACUGGCCGAUGCGGAUGCUUCCAGGUCCUCCGAAUUGCCUAGAAGUGCCAGGGCCCCGAGCCGGGAGCCAGAACUUCACCCGGGUCCACUCUGUUUCCCGUCUCUGUCUUGGAACCCAACCACACAGUUGUGCCCUCUCUAAGCAUCGUCUUCCUGCCCCACCCCACCCCCAUCCUGGAUCGGGGACCCUGUGGGGGUCAGCCUGACUUGGCUCUUCUCUGGAUGGGAUCUCCCCCAGCCUUGGAAGCCUCCUCCGGCACCUUCUCUUCUUCUGGAGGAUUUCUCUCUCCCUCUUCCUCCCUCUUUGACUCCCCUGGGUUGCCGUGUCCCCACUCCC